UGUCCCAAUCUUUCCCUUCCCAUCUCUCUCUCAUCUGUCAUCCAAUUAACAGCCUACCUCUCCACAUUUCCUCACUCAACCUUAAAAACCAAGUUAACUCUUAAUCAAUCAUCAAUAUGUCUGGCCGUGGAAAGGGUGGAAAGGGUCUCGGAAAGGGUGGCGCCAAGCGUCACCGCAAGAUCUUGCGUGACAACAUCCAGGGUAUCACCAAGCCCGCUAUCCGUCGUCUCGCUCGUCGUGGUGGUGUCAAGCGUAUCUCUGCCAUGAUCUACGAGGAGACCCGUGGUGUCCUCAAGACCUUCCUUGAGGGUGUCAUCCGUGACGCUGUCACCUACACUGAGCACGCCAAGCGUAAGACCGUUACUUCUCUCGACGUUGUCUACGCCCUCAAGCGUCAAGGACGUAAGUUGCCUUUGCUGGUCAUCUUUUCCUAUCGACCCGUGUCUAACAUGUCCAUCAGGUACCCUCUACGGUUUCGGUGGUUAAAUGCUUUCUUUUCUCGCCUUUUGUUUUUAGCCAUCCUGCGCGGUCGGCGCGUCGGUUGUCCUUCCGCAGCAGUGACGCGACGGGUUGCUUUUUCGGGUUGGUUUACGGUAUGACUGGGACGUUGGGGUGUUAUUGAUCUUUUACCAUGGGUCUCUGGGUUUGCUUUUAACGUAUUUUACUUUACUAUUGCGCGUCCACUACUGGGUCUGCUAGUGUUCGUGAUUGAAAUUUCUGUAUCAUAGCGGCCUUCAUGCUAUCGGCUGGUACCUCUAGAACCAUCGCGUCAUGAAAAUGCGCGGUCUGGUAUGAAUACGAACGCUUGAAAAAAAGAUGAAAACAAUAUCGUGAUCGCUUGCGUGUCUGUGUAGCUGUCUGCAAAUGUUUGUUGUGCGUUGUCCAUUGUCGCGUGUUUACCGUACGCGUCAGUGGUGUGUGUGGGACUGAGGCUAUGGGGCGACCUGUAUCUCCGCGCUUCCUGUUUCCACCAGUAUGUAUGAUGAUAGCUAAUCCUAAAUCACUUUGAUUGCUUUGAGUAUUGUGUUCUGUUGUGAUUAUAUGUAGCUUGCUCUGUAGCUUACAUCUGGACCCUUGACCCUUCUGGAAGAUUACGGGGUUUAUGCGGUUGUACUUGGGUCUUCAUCACUCCCAGUGCGACUUCGAUACGGCUUCCUUGGAGUGUGCAGCGCGUAACGUGAUGUCGUACUUAUGAGUUCUACUCUUCUUGGAUAUUGGAUGUAACUUGGUUGUGUAGGUACGUUAGUAAUUGUUUGGGUAUAUCUGUUGUUGAUGUAAGGUAUGGUGUACGUACAAGUGGUGGUAUGUACCAGUGGUAGUAUAU